UUCCACCACUCACGCCGUUCCCCACGUCAUUUAGUUCGGGCUUCCUCUAACAAUCCUUAUGCCCGCCGGAGAAAUACGCUACGCGUCCCCGCCACCGUCCACGACGGGCUCCUCCUCCGCCUACGAAGACGAGGCCUGGGUCUGGGCUCAGAUCAAAGCGGAGGCCCGCCGCGACGCCGAGUCCGAGCCCGCCUUAGCUAGCUACCUCUACUCCACUAUCCUCGCUCACUCUUCCCUCGAACGCUCCCUCUCCUUCCAUUUGGGCAACAAGCUAUGCUCUUCCACGCUUCUCUCCACCCUCCUUUACGAUCUCUUCCUCAACACCUUCACUUCUGACCCUUCUCUCCGUGCCGCCGCCGUUGCCGACCUUCGCGCCGCCCGAGAACGUGAUCCUGCUUGUGUCUCCUUCUCCCACUGCCUCCUGAACUACAAGGGUUUCCUCGCCUGCCAGGCACACCGUGUGGCGAAUAGGUUGUGGCAGCAAUCUCGGAGGCCAUUAGCUCUGGCUCUGCACUCUCGUAUUGCGGAUGUGUUUGCAGUGGAUAUACACCCUGCAGCGAAGAUUGGGAAAGGAAUCCUGCUGGAUCAUGCUACCGGCUUGGUGGUGGGUGAGACGGCGGUGAUCGGCAACAACGUGUCGAUUCUGCAUCAUGUGACUCUGGGAGGGACAGGGAAAGUCAGUGGAGAUCGGCAUCCAAAGAUUGGAGAUGGAGUGCUUAUUGGAGCUGGAGCGACCAUUCUAGGGAAUAUCAAGAUUGGAGAAGGUGCUAAAGUCGGUGCUGGAUCUGUUGUCUUGAUCGAUGUGCCGCCGAGGACAACGGCAGUUGGGAAUCCGGCGAGGUUGGUGGGUGGAAAAGAUAAGCCAGCCAAGCAUGAGGAUGUGCCUGCAGAGUCCAUGGAUCACACUUCGUUCAUAGCUGAGUGGUCAGAUUAUGUUAUAUAGUUUGAAAGCUUUUUAAAUCAGAAACAUCACUAGUGGAUUAUAAUUUUGGAAUAUGUUCACAUCUCUCCAGCAUGUAAUUGUAGAUUUUGGAUUUUCAGAGUUGGAAACUCAAAAAUGUGACAUUAACUUGUUGGGCUUACCUAUCAGCAUGAUUUGAUAAUUCUGUAUGAUAA